AUGGUAAUAAUAUUAAAAAAGAAUCUCAAGGACGAUAACGAUGACGUCAGAAUAAUGACAGAUAAGUACCUUGAUUUCGACAACCUUCCAGAAACAAAUUUCACUUGCGAGGGUAAAGUCAUCGGAGGUUACUACGCCGACAUUGAAACUGGAUGUCAAAUGUUUCAUGUUUGCACAAUCGGACAAAAGGGUGAUAUGACAGAUAUAAAAUUUUUAUGCCUUAAUGGUACGGUAUUUGAUCAAGAGACUCGAGUGUGUGAAAGAGUUGAUGAAGUGGACUGCAGCAAGAGUAAAGACUUUUACGACCUCAACCUUGACCUUUAUAAUAAUGGAUUUGCAUUUGUGAUAUUUUUUUUUUUUUUUUUAAAUUUUAGAUUGCCUGAAGAUGAUAAUAAUAACGAAUCACAAAAAUCAUCUCAAGAAAAUGUUGAACUAGAGGAAGAAUUAUACGAUGAAAAUUACGAUUCUGAUACUGAAGAAUCACCAGAAACGUCUUCGAAAAGUCCUACAAGUACUACGUCGACGACCACUUCAACAACUACAACGACAACGUCUACGACUACUUCAAGACCUAUCGUUUACAGUUCUAUUAAACCUGCGUUUAAUAUUAUUUUGCCAAAUUUGAAAAACAAAAAUACCGGAAGUCAUUUAUCAGGUAUAAUUACAACGACGAUACAAAAUAAAAAUGUCGGUAAUUUAAUUGGAAGCACUACUAUUUCACCACCGCAUCAGCAACAACAACAACAACAGCAGCAACAGCACGUACAUUUUCCCCCUAAGGAACUAGACUCAAACGGACAAAUUUUAACCGGGUUAUUGCCAAACAAAAAUAUUCAGUUUACUCAAACCCAAAGACCGUCGUUUGGAUAUGUCACUCCUCAAAAUUUUAACGGGGAUCAAUACAACAAACAAAAUCAAAAUAUAGAUGCGGGAGGAUUUAAGCAACCUUCGACGAGCUUAAGACCUUUUUCAUCUCCUGCUCCUCCGAGCACGUACAAACCACCACCACCACCGCCUGUUUACGAUCCUUUUAAAAAUCAUUUUUUUUCAAGUACUCCAACACCUUUAACUCCUAUUUUUAUAAAUAAUUACAAUCAGAAACCGCAAAGCCUUGAAGAGAUCCGCCCAUCUGAAGAACCAAAGCGUCCCGUCGUUGUACUCACUCAUCAUUUUCCUACGAUAAGUCCUCCAAAAUCAAAUUACGACGACUUUUCCGGGUUUUCCAAUCUAGGCACUACUGUUAUUCACCCUUACAUCCGACAGAAAAACCGACAUGUUAACGUAAAGACGCAUCCGAAAACUCCGCAGCACCCGUACUUGCAGCAAAUACAACACCACAACCAGCACCAUUCGCACCACAAUCAGCAUAAAGCUAACCCCACCAUAUUAGCAUUGCAAUCGCAACAGCAAAAAGUUCAUAGACUGCACCAAGAAGGUUUAGAAAUAGCGGAGCAUCAAAUAGCGCAAAUAGCUUCGAGAGAUGCUGAAAUUUCAAAUUUAAGAAGUCAACAAGGUGAAGAUAACGAAAAUGGUGAUGGUUUCGAACCUCAACCAUCUCACAGAGCUGCGAAAGAAAUUCGCACGGGGGAUGUUCAAAGUUUUGGAAAACCUUCGAUUGCGAUCGUGACUUCAACGAGUAGUACUUCUAGUCGAGUACAAAAACCUACUGUAAUAACCGUACAGUCGGUUUCCUCAGCGAGUGGAAAACCCGUCGUAAAUCGUUUAGAUUAUAAACCCGAACCCGAAUACAAAUCAGAAUUAGAAAAAUUAUUUUCAAAUACCGAAGUGCCAAAAAAAGAAGAACGUGAAUCCGAUCCGGACAUGGAUUUAGAACAAUUACUCUUGGCUUGGAAACUUAAAACAAAUCAAGAGGUAACCAAGGAUGAUAUUGAAAAAGUUUUCGCAAGAUUAGAUACGUCAAAAUUUAAAAAUGGUCAAACUAUAAGUUUAAGCGACAUAUUUAAUUUUAUGAAUAACGAAAGCGAAGAAAUGGAAGAAGAAACGACGAGAGUUCCACCGAUGAGUUACGACGAGUACACGGAAGAAGAUGUACCUUACGAUCCUUUUUAUAAAGACGUACCAAAAGUUUCGGAUGGUGAAAGACAAAAAAGAGACGUCGAAUUUAAUUUAAAAGUGCUUUCAGAACCGUAUGAAAGUGAAAUUAUACAAAACGAUGACAAAUCCGAAUUGUUUAGAACAUUUGAAUCGAGUGGAAUUAAUACGCGUUUUAAAGAACGUCGAAAAAAUGAUGAUAUUUCAACACGAUCAUCGAAUAGUAGCAAACGAGUGUCGGUAGAAAAUUUAUUUGAAGAAACCACCGUGGCAAGACCUUUUCCAGAAACUUCAUUUUCUUGUGAUAGUAAAAUUCCAGGUGGAUAUUAUGCGGACGUCGAAGCAGACUGCACGUUGUUUCACAUUUGCUCAGAUUCUGGAAAUGGAAGGUAA